AUGCCCAUUGAACAAGAUCACAACAGAUUGUCUGCUUUCUGGCUGAACGAAACGUCGGCGAAUGGACGACCCAAGCUACCCACUAUUCUAACUGAUGUCACAGAUGAUCGUCAGCGAGUACCCGCAGAGGAUGGUCUUGACCAUGAGGAGAACAUGUCACCGGAACUUGGGGUGCCAGUACCAUGUAUGCAGACCGCUUCUACUCCGCAGCCAGAGGACCCCUUCAUGGUCUCCCCGAGCCCAAUGUCGUCUUCCUUCUCUCAGGGCGAUCUCGUUCAAGCGGGGCUCUCCAUGUCCCCAGCAGCGAUGUUUCUGUCUUCAUUCAGUCCCUCGACACAUGCUACACCGCUUCCGGACGCAGAAGGCGAGUCCGUCGGUGGUUACACCCUGGGUCCUGUCAUUGCAUACGGUGGAUUUUCCAUCAUCCGCCGUGCGUACUCCGUGCAGGGAGGCACAGUGGCCGUCAAGAUCGUUCGCCGCUCCGAUGUCUUCAAACAGGCCGAUCCCGUUGGCGCUCGCAAGCGCCUCCACCACGAAGCGGCCGUGUGGGCGUCGCUCAGCCAUGAGCACAUUUUGCCCCUGUUCUCCGUGACCCACACACAGUACGCCGAUUUUUUUGUCACUCUGUAUUGUCCGGCCGGCAGCCUGUUUGACAUUCUCAAGCGGGACGGCCGGCCGGCACUGCCACAGGACGAUGCGGGGAUGAUGUUCAGGCAGGUGGUGCGGGGGCUGCGGUACCUGCAUGAGGUAGCGGGGUAUGUGCACGGGGACAUGAAGCUGGAGAAUGUGCUUGUAGACGAGAUGGGUGUGUGUAGAAUCACGGACUUUGGAAUGGCACGCAAAAUCGGCGAGAUCGAGGAACAGCGCGAAGACGACCACGAGCAUGCUGACGGUGAGGACGGAGACGACCGUGAGCACGCACAAAGACCACACAAUACCUGGCUAUCGUCUGUGCGAAGGUCGCACUCGAAGCACAGUGCAAUUCCUGUCCACCUAUCGCUCUUGCGCCGCAAUGGCGGGGCUCGCCACCGCAAUUCUAGCCCAUUCCCUGCAUCGUCAACACCUACCCCUAUCAUGCCCACUCCGGGCUUCCAGCCCGGCUCGUUGCCUUACGCGUCGCCUGAACUACUGAUGCCUCCUAGUCCAUCUUCUCCCUACUUACCCAAUCCUGCGCAGGAUAUCUGGGCGCUUGGAGUAAUGUUAUACGCAGUCUUGACUGGGCGGCUUCCUUUCGUCGAUCCGUACGAUCCCAGAUUGCAGAUGAAGAUCUUGCAUGGUGUGUACGAAGUUCCCAAAGGGAUUGGACGAGGGGCGGAGCGUGUUCUCGCCGGUUGUCUCGAGCGGUCGGUUCCCCUGCGUUGGACCAUUGCGAUGGUCGACGAGGUUGCUUGGGGCGUCGGCUGGGGUGAAGAAGGCGACGUGACGCCACCGCCGGAAUGUCCACCCUCGCGGUUAUCCUCACGCUCUCGUUCGCAGUCACGGCCCCCAAAGCUGGAUACAGCCGCCCUUAAGGAGAGCCAACACGCUUCGUCUCAUAGAGCGCGUCCAGCAAGCUGCUCCACCUCAGCACUGCGCAGUAAGAGUCGCAGCACUUCUCGCAACCCGCCGCGCCCACACGACGGCCUACGUCACCAGCAUCGUCAUCCCCAUCCGGCGCCGAUACAGCCGUCAUUCUCCGUGCUGACGAACUCUAUCUUUCGUACGAGCUCGAUGUCUUCGUCUACAUCAUCCUCCUCUGCAUUGAACGAUUCCGCGCUGCUCCUGACACCGAACCACUCGCAUGAUGUUCACCCAGAACGUGGAAGGUUACGCAGGUCACGGAUGCAGGGCUCUGAAGAACGCUCUAUGUCCCGUUCCGUCAGCCCGCUAGAAGCACUCAUGACACCAAAAGAUGUCGGCAGAGAUGCUUUGCUGCGCGGUAACAAGUUUUCGGAAACGGCUGUGGGUGACUCGCCAACGCUGAACUCGGAAGCAAAUAGCACAGACUUGGACGCGUUGGACGAACCUUCACAAUGGACACUUGGUCCAAGCGUCUUAGGGGAGGGUCCAUUACGCCCUCAGCGUCGUGUCUCAUCAACUCAUCGGCAUGUGAGGGAAGACGGGCAGAGAAAGGGCGUCAGGCCCGGAAGCAUGCCGCCUACUCCAUUUCCAUGGUCACUCUCGCACGUUCAUGCUAAUCAGAUCAGCUACUCAUCCGCGUCGACGCCCAGGCCGACAUCCACAAGAAACCACCCUGUGCGCAGCCGCAGCGUGGACGUUGCUGUCAGUGACGGUACCGCUUUAAGGAGUCCUCGAAGAUUAUGA